CAGACGCAUCCGCCGAAAACCGGGCAACCAACGAAGAGUCUUCACGAAGAAAGGAUUUUGCAAAGGGUUUUCCCCACUCAAAGAAAGUGUUGGCCAGCUUCAGGGAAAUUCAAGACGUAUUAUCGGCAGCUUUAUCUACUUAAGAAGAUCCAUUUGGACCGUGCGAUUGGGUAAACUUAAUACAAAAGACUUCAGCUGGAAUCUGGCCCCAUAUAGCCAUAUCGAUUUGUUCCAAAAACUGCAUAUUCGCCAAAGAGUGAGUGAGAGAGUGCGCUUGUGCUGAAAGCGGAAACGGAAAGGGGCGACAAGGAAGCGGAAGCGGAAACAGCUGCUGCAUAAACAAAGGCAAAUAGGGAAACCCAUCGAGCUGUGUCUUAUCAAAAGCAUCAUGACGCCCGAGCAGCAAGGAUAUCGCCCCUAGGAAACCCAUACAAGUUCCUCAAGGAAGCCCCCCAAAAAAAAAGGGAAGUAUAUCAAAUUCGAUCAAAAAUACCCAUCAAGACGAACCCGCAAAGGAUUCAGUGCCAAAGGAGCCGGGGCGGCGGCAGAACCAGCAGUAGCAGUAUAACCAAUUUGGGCCAACCGGUGAAGGCCCGCGUACGUCAGCUCUUCAGGAUUUUAAGGACCCAAUCCAGAGGCAACCCAAUGCAUUUGGGUGCACAACAACAACGCCCCAAGCAACAACAACAACAGCGCGAGCAACAAGAGAAACAUCAAAGGCGAUUUACGUUUAGUAAAGGACGCCAAUGUCGUCCCUACAGCGUGACUGGCAUUUACAGGGUUCCCGGGGAUCGGUUUACUGCGCGAGUGAACCGGACCCAGCUGGUGGAGUCCAGUACGAGUCGGGAGGGCGCCUUCUCGACACGAAUCCGGCUGAGGGCUCCGGCGGAGGGGCGGGCGUGGGCGUGGGCGUGGCCGCCGGUGGAGUGGGCGGUGGCCUCGAGUGCGGCUCCCUGUUCUCGGUGGUGUCGGCGCCACCGGCCCCACUGCCCGACAUCGUCGUGCCCACCGAGCUGGAUGGCAAGCACCUGGAGGCCAUGGGUCUGCCCGCCGCCUUCCGCUCCGGCUGCUGUUCGCCCAGCGCCUCCCCGAUGCGACGACCCGCCACCCUCAGCCUGGACACGCCAUGCUGCCCGAGGACCCUGCACGCCAGCCUGCUGGAGCACCACAUCUCCGAGCUGGAGGAGGACGACAACGAGAACCUGCUGACCGUGUCCAGCAUCACGGCGCGUCCGCUGAUCGCCAAGUCGCACGAGCUGCGCAGCAGCCGGAAAUCGGGUUCCGGAUCAGGAUCUGGUUUGAACACGGCCCGGAGCAGGUGCGUCCGCCGGGCCAAGGAGCGGGAACGGGAUCGCGUGGCCGUUCCCAAGCGGAGCAAGCCGGUGGCCAAGGAUCGCGACUCCUCGACGACCACAACGGAAAGUGGUGGCGGCAAUGUGGAGCCACCGGAUGGCGGUUACGGUUGGUUCAUCGUCUUCGGUGCCUUUUCCGUGCAAUUUUGGGUGGCCGGACUGGUCAAAUCGUACGGCGUGCUGUAUGUGGAGAUUAUGGAGACGUUUCCCAGCUCCACGGCCACGGUGGCCUCCUGGAUCCCGGCGAUCCUCUCCGCGCUCUGUCUGGUCCUCGCCCCCUUGUCCAGUGCUCUGUGCCAGCGAUUCUCCUGCCGGGCCGUGGUCUUCGUGGGCGGCAUCUUCUGCGCCAUGGGCAUGAUCCUCAGCUAUUUUGCCACCAGUCUGCUGCACCUGCUCUUCACCUUCGGCAUUCUCACAGGAAUUGGUGGAGGACUCUCGACGACUCCUGGAAUAGUGAUAGUGUCGCAAUACUUUGACAAGCACCGCGCUUUGGCCAAUGGGAUCUGUGUUUCGGGUACGGCGGCUGGUAGCUUCAUUCUGCCCGUGCUGAUAAAGCACCUGGUGGACAGCUGUGGCUUCCAUGGCACCAUCCUCAUCCUGGGCGUCUGCAUGCUGCACGUGUGCUUCUCGGCCACCCUGUAUCGCCCGAUCAGUGCCUACACGGAUCAGGAUUCGGGUCAGGGCCAGGAGGAGACCGCGAAGCCCCUGAACGAGGACAUCAACCCGAGCACCACGGGCAUCCUGACCACCUCCACAUACCUGGACACCUGCGAGGUGGGCACAGGCCACGAGCUGAGCGACAAGUUCAUCGAGCACCUAUUCCUGGAGGAGUCCAAGAACCACCUUAACUACUAUGCGAGCAAACAGCCAGCACAUGACAAAUCGGCUCAGGAGAGCGACGACGAGGUGAAGGACAUCAUUGGCGAGACCACUUUCAUUAAGCCCAUGAAGAAGGUGCGCAGCUCCGGCUUGCUGCACUCUGUGGAGGAUCUCAGCACGGAUUCCACCUGGGUGUACCGCAAACACUCCGGCACGGAUUCGAAUCGAGGAAGUCGUCGUCGGCGCAACGUUUUCGCCAACGAUGAGGUCAUCUCGAAGAUCCAGGCCCACCUGGAGAAGCCCCUUUCGCCGCCAAGUGUGGUCAGUCGAGGAUUGAGCAAGAGCAUGGAGAUUCCCACGCCGGUGAGUAACCUCAGCGAUCUCAAGCAGCAGCCGCCGGAGCAGGCCGAGAACGGGAUCCUCGACUCCCAGCUGGUGGAGUCCAUCGAUGGCGACUGCCAUGGCGUCGCCGAUGAGGAUGACGAGGACGACGAGGAGCAGGGACCACGCACUUGCUGCGAGCGCAUCGAGAUGUACCUGGACAUCAGCCUGCUGAAGGACCCGAGCUUCAUCCUGAUGUGCCUCUCCGUCACCCUGAUGUCCGUCGGGUGUCCUUACAUGCUGUACUACCUGCCCGCUCACGUCAUCUCCAUAGGUUACAAUAAAAGCGAGGCGGGUUACCUGGUGGCCAUUAGCGCGGUUCUGGAUUUGAUUGGUCGCCUGGGACUGGGUUGGCUGUGCGACCUGCAGCUCUUCGAUCGCAAGAAGACCUACACCUUGUGCAUUUUGGGCGCCGGAUGUGCCGUGCUCACGAUUCCCUUCGCCAAGACUCUGGUUCUGGUUGGUCUGUCGGCUGCGGUCUACGGAUUGUGCCUGGGCAGCUGGUAUGUCCUGAUGCCCGUGCUGCUGGCGGAUGUGUUUGGCACGGACAGGAUCAGCUCGAGCUACGGACUGGUGAGGAUGUUCCAGAGCAUCGGGGCCAUUUCGGUGCCUCCGCUGGCGGGGCUGAUGAGGGACCUGUCCGGGGACUACGAGAUCUGCUUCUACUGCAUGGGAUCCUGCAUGGUGCUCGGCUGCACGCCGUUGGUCGUGUGGUCCAUCCUGGAGGCCCGAAACCACCGGCUGUUCGUCCAGCGCGAGGAGGAGGAGGACUGCGAGGAGGCCUAGGAAUGGGUGGUUGGACAUUAGUUGGUUGACCCAUUAGUUAAUCGUAUUUUAGUAGCGAUCAAAUACUAGUUGAGUUCCUGAGUUUCAGAGUUCGAAUGCCUCACCGAUAUUGCUGAUUCUACCAGUUACUAUUAAUACUACCCGAAACGUUCUCAUCCUACUCUUAUCCAAACCAUGCCCACUCGCACCCAAUCGCUUGUUAUCCUUCGGUUGAGCAAACAGCAAACGGAUGUGUGAGAUGAGAUUCAAACGAAGAAACCAAAAACAACCAACCAACAACUGAGCACCAAAAGUUGCGCAAAAAGAACUGAGUUAAUAAGACAUGAACUACAAAUACCCGUAUAUAACUUUAUAAUAUGAUAGUUACGAUCAUGCUCUGGCCAAUGGGACUUGCAUGGCAUAUUUCCAUGCCCGAUUAGAUGGUUAUAUAGGCCGACUAUAGUUCUAGGUGUCGCAUGCCCAUAUCAGAACGGACCCAACGCGUCGCAGGAAAACAAAGAGGGGCUACAUAUAUAGGCAGAUCGGAGGCUUGACUACUGAACAUCGCAUUACAUUACCCUAGAGUUAAAAUAGUUGUUGUGAGACAUUUACCCAAAAAGAGAAUUA